GCAAGCCACGCUGUUUCAGUAGUGUGUGAGGAUUUUGCUUGUGAGUGUGUCUGGGGAAACGUGUGUGAGUGAAGGCUACGAUUGGGAACUUAUUUAUCUGAAAUCAUUCUAACAUUAACUUAUUUUGUACUCUAACGGAACUUAUUAAGCACUUUAUAUUUAAAAACUAACGACCAUGGUUGCAACAAGCACACUGAAAAACAAGACCUCGGAAUGUACAUCAGCGGAAAACUACGACCGUCGAUACGACCACAACUACAUCGAAGAUGAGCUGGAUUUCUGGGAGCGUUGCCUGGCCGACCCCCCUGCGGGCACCUCCUCUCUCCUCACCUCCUCCUCCUCUUCCACCUCCUCGUCCUCCAGGCUGCACUCCCACUCCCAGCCAGAGGAGUCGCUAGAGAGCUCGGCGUGUAAGCAGCUGGCCCUCCUGCUGGAGCAGUGUCUGGCCCGCGCCAAGCGCUCCACUCUGCACUGCGCCGAGGUGCUCGUACCCGAGACCCUGACGAGACGCAUGGCCCGCGACGCCCUCCGAUUGGCCGCCUCCGAACCAUGUGGCCUCAGGGGGUGUGUCCUGCACGUUCAACUCGAGUCGGCGGCUGGGAGCGCGGAGAAAAAGAACGGCAUCGUCGGGGGUGGCGGAGGGGCGUGCAAGCGGUUAGAGCGCAUCGUGUGCGACGCGAGCGUGACCCCGACCUUUGAACUCACGCUGGUGUUUAAGCAAGAUGGCGGCGGGUGGCCAAGCCUGAGGGACGUGCUCCUGAUCGGCGCCGCAUGUUUCGCUCCCGGGUUCUACAGACACGCCCUCAAGCUCUCGCCAGGGUUCCGCCUCAUCAAGAGGAAGCUGUACUCCUCGUCGCCCGCGGGAACCAUCGUGGAAGAGUACUGAGGAACUCCGGAACCGGAACUAGAACUGGACUGAUGCUUGCUUUGGGGUUCUGAACGGUUGGGGUUCUGAUGGGUUGGGUUGGGCUGGGGUGGCCUACUGACACUGAGCCAAGACUGGACAUUUUCCACAGAAACUGGACUGGGGUGGGGUCAAAGGUGAACUGAAUUGGGUCAAAACUGGACUGGGUCAUACUGGACUGGACUGUACAGACACUUUGAGGGUUCUGAUAAGAGAUGGAUCGGGGGGUGGGGGGGGUGAGACUGGACAGGGGUGAGACUGGACUCCACGCUUUGAAAUCUACGCUACUGUUUUUAUUUUUUUUGCUGGGUGGGAGAUGAGGGGGAACUGCAGUAGAAGGUUUCAGUUACUUUUUUUAUUAUUAUUUUUAUACGGAAGGUGUAACGGUGGAGGGUGGAGGGUUGUAGGGAGAUAAAAUGUGAAACGCUGGACGGGCUUAGAAAUAAAGUUGGUCUUUUUUUUCAUAUUCAUUUGUAAGGGAUUAAAAGUGAAAUUGGAAGCGGUUAAGAGGACUUUUUAAAAAAUAUAUUUUUUAUUAUUAUUUUGAUGUUGAGGGUUCAGAGGACUAUUUUUUUGGUUUGUUUUAUUUUAUUACUGAUUCUGAUUGAUGGUAGUUAGUAGAUGGGUUGGACGGUACCACGCACUUGCACACUAAAGUACCUGAAUGUAAUCCAGCCACUCCUAACCGAGUGGCCUAUUGUGAAACACGUCACUCCUAACAGAGUGGCAGUCUAGUGUCUUUUCUAGCCUUUUUAUAUUUCUAUACAGCUCCUACCAAUAUCUAUACAGUGUUUGUCGGUGAUUAUUAUCCAUGUUGACGACGCGCAUCUGGGUAUGUCGAGUGAUGGAUGAGUGGAUGUUGGGCGUGUGUGUGUGUCUGUGUGUGUGUGUGUGUGUGUGGGAUGCUCGCCCUUAAAGUACAUUCACAGAGCAUCAGGUGUGUGUGUGUGUGUGAGUGUGUGUAAAGUUGAAUUUAAAGUUUAGAGAUUUGUGGAGAAGAUGGAGUUAAAGUGACGGCGGUCAUUUUGUAUGAAAAAAAGGAAAACGUAUCUCCGAGCCACAACCCGCCCCCGGGGGCUUCAAACGUUGUUUUAAACCUUUUGACACAAAAUAUCCUUUGGCUAAUUGCAACAAUUUGAUGAGAAAUUACACAAUUUUAUUUCCUACAUGAUGAUACAUUUUAAAACAUUUGUAUACAACUGAAUUGGCAAUAAAGUUACGAGUUUAGUAUGUUUUUACUGGCUACUAAGCACCUUGGUGCACAACAAAAAAGCUGGUUUUUAACGCAACUCUUUGCCACUUUAAAUACAGUAUAUUCGUUUGUGAAUCUGCAAACAAAGGAUGAAAAUAAACUCCUUUUUCUUUUGAAUGUUAACGCGGGACAAGGAUAUGAUUGAGAUUAACGGGGUCCAUUUGUAGCCAUGUCGGUUUGAAUGUACAACUUUUUAGUCAAUCGCCAUCAAACUGCUUGUCGAUCCUUGUCCAGUCGGAUUGGCCGUAAUGCCCCCAUUCCACUACCCUGGACUGGGUUUUGAUUGGCCAAGGGGCUCUGUUCCACUGGGCGGAGCUUUGUUCUGAUUGGACGCUGCACUGUGUGAGGUCAACAUGCUGCGUCAUGGCAGAGAUUAGAAUGCUCCGUGUCCAAGGGCACCUUGUUUUUUUGUUUAGUUUAUUUUUUGUUUAUUUGUUUUUUUAUGGCAUAUAUUCCACAUCAAUGGGACAUGGCCAAACUGUUCAAUGUAGAGUUAUCUAAUGUUUUUUUUUUUCUCCAAACACCUUUUGUUGCCUUUAAAUGAACCUUUAUUGGUUACAGUGCCGUUGCAGUAAAUUUUUAUUUUAUAUUUUUAUUUUUUUUCAUGAUUUUUAAAAAAAAAUGCAAUUCCUGUUAAAGGAAGUCAAUCCUUGUCUUUUUGACAAUAAAAAUGUAUUUUCACCCGUGA